CCAUUGGGAACAAAAGAAUGAUGCUUUCUAAAAUUCUCAUGUAUUAAUUACUCUCUGCCCCUGCCAGCCAAAUAGAAAUUUUGGAAACCAGUUAUCCGCCGAUUGUAUUUGAUUAGAAUUAGAAUAAUUCAGGUUGGGGCUGGAGAUUCCACCAUCAAAAUAGAGAAAGAUAAAAUAUGGUAUCAACCGAUGGAUUGAUGCCCAUAACGAGGGCAUUUCUUUCUUCUUACUACGAUAAGUAUCAGUUUCCUCCUCUCUCCGAUGAUGUUUCCCGUCUCUCCGAUCAGAUUCGUGCCAUGUCUGCCGAUCUGCUUCACGAUUCUCCCGCUACACAAGGAGAAAGCUUAUUGGUACAAGAAGCUGACCGCCAGCCUCCCCACAAAAUUGAUGAGAACAUGUGGAGGAAUCGAGAACAAAUUGAAGAAAUCAUCUACCUAUUGGAAGUCUCUCAUUGGCCCAGCGUGCUUCAUCAACAGUCAACACUUGAAGAUACUGAACUUCUCUCUGUUCUUGGGCAUCUUGAAGGGAAAUUUAGAUCUACAUUGAAUACUUUGGAAUAUUACCAAGCCAAAAAUUCUGAGCAUGUAUUUAACACAGUUAUGACCUAUAUGCCACAAGAUUUCCGGGGUACUCUGAUCAGGCAACAGAGAGAGCGUUCUGAGAAGAAUAAGCAGGCCGUAAUUGAUGCUUUAAUUAAUUCUGGUGGAAGUAUACGUGAUCGAUAUGCUCUGCUAUGGAAACAACAGAUGGAACGACGGCAACAGUUAGCUCAGCUGGGUUCUGCAACAGGUGUCUAUAAGACUCUGGUGAAAUACUUAGUUGGAGUGCCACAGGUUCUACUGGAUUUUGUUCAGCAAAUAAACGAUGAUGCAGGGCCCAUGGAAGAGCAACGACAGCGUUAUGGACCACCUUUGUAUAGCCUUACCAGAAUGGUGCUAACUAUUCGACUUUUUCUUUCUCUUUCCUGGGGGCGUCUAGAAGCUAGUAAAUUGCAGAAGCACCAAAUAUCUAUCUUGGAAGAAGCAGUUGAUGUUUAUACUUCUGAGUUUGAAAGAUAUGUCAAAUUUAUUGGAGAGGUUUUUGCAAAUUCCCCGUUUUUUAUUUCGGCAGAGGAUGCUGGUGCAUUAGAGGCGAGGACCACCGAUGAUAUUAAGGAAAUCAGUGUUCCGGCAGGGCAGACAUAUGAGGUAUCCUUGACAGUGGAGUCUAUAAAUUCGUACAUUGCUUGGGAUUUCUCAUUGGUGCAGGGCAAAUUGAAUUUGCAGGAUAUUGGAUUCAGCGUGGAGUGCACAGAGCCUUCUGGAAAAAAAACACUGAUCUUACCUUACCGGCGUUAUGAAUCUGACCAAGGUAACUUCUGCACAUGCGUGUCAGGAAACUACAAACUCAUCUGGGACAAUUCGUAUUCAACCUUUUUUAGGAAGGUUCUGCGUUACAAGGUGGACUGUAUUCCUCCAGUGGCGGAGCCUGUGCCUGUACCUGUACUGACAGUUGAUCAAUAGAAUGCUGAAAAAAUCUACCGUGAACUCUAAUGUGUAUCCCAUCAGCGCCUUUCCUGUUUCUUUCAAUUGUUACUCUCUGCCCUGCUUACCUCACCUUAUGCUGGUGAAAUGGGUUUGGUGUGGAUAUUUCAUGUUUUACAUAAAGCGUGUUAUUCAUUGAUGUAAAAGGUUACAAAAUAUAGUGGUAAGAAGGUGUUACGAAGGAUAUGUGAAAUAUGGACGUUCUCACGACUAUUUCCAGUUCUAAGGGUGUAAUAUUUAUGAUGCAAAAAGAUUCCUGCAUAUUCAUGCAAAAACAUGAUUGAUAAGGAAGAACGUGUGUAUCCAUCAAGAGAAAAUAGUUGGGAUUUGAUAUUA